AUAUAUAACAGUAAUUAAAAUGGGCAACUGAUCCAGGUAUUCAAUCAUGAUGAAAAUCCAAGUACUCCUCUACCUUACCUUCGCCUGCUUCGAAUUCCUUUUCUUUCCAGGCGCACUUUCGGCCAGAAUUUCCAUCACAAACAAGUGCCCCUUCACGGUCUGGCCAGCAACCCAAACUUCUGAUCGCAAACCUCCCUUAGCAUUGCCGAGUAACGUAUUGGCACCCCAAGCUAGCACCACCGUGGUCACUCCGGUUCCAUGGAAUGGCCGCUUCUGGGGCCGUACCAACUGCUUCACGAACAAUGCCGGCAAAUUCACUUGUGCUCCACCAGGGGAUUGCGCAUCCGGUCAGCAAUCAUGCAACGGAAAUGGAGGAGUUCCUCCAGCCACGUUGGUGGAAUUUAAUAUCGCAGCAGGCGGGGGUCAAGAUUACUACGAUGUUAGUCUUGUUGACGGCUUCAACUUGCCCAUGUCCGUGGCCGCUCAAGGCGGUCAUAAGCCCGGGGAUUGUCGGACCUCUACCUGCAGAGCCAACGUAAACGCUAAUUGUCCGAGUGAACUACAAGUAAAGGGGGCUGGCGGGAGCGUGAUCGGCUGCAUGAGUGCGUGCACCAAGUUCCAUGAGCCCAGGUAUUGCUGCACUGGACCUAAUGAUAAGCCAGCGACAUGUCCUCCUACAGACUACUCUAAAAAGUUUAGUCAACUAUGCCCUGAGGCUUACAGCUACGCUUAUGAUGACAAGAAAGGCACAUUCACUUGCUCCGGGGGACCUAACUACGCUAUUACUUUCUGUCCAUAGAGAAAUACCACACAUCCAAUAUGUAUUAAUAAGUUAGAAAGGAAAUAUCACGACGUAUAUAUAUAUCCUUUCUUAUAUGUUGAAAUAAAGAAGUUCUUGAUGAUCUUCUGGAAAUAUGACACCGAGCUAUUGUGAAAUGAUGUAUGAACUAUAUAUCUCAUGUGAAAUGACGAAAUAUGUCAGUUUUAAUUU